AUGGCUCUUCUUCCUGGAAGCAAAUUAUACGGAAAGCUUACCCGUUAUCCAUGUAAGUCUUUUCAAGAAGUUCAGGCAAGAGCAAGCGUUCAAAUUAAAUGGGAGGAAGAUGAAGGGAGGCUUCCAGAGCGACUAACAGAGCAGCCAAAGAAAUCUGAGCAAAAGCAAACAAUGCUGAAGAAAAUGGGAGAUGCUGUUAGAUGGCCCGACAAAUUACGUAAACCGCUAGAUCAACGGGAUACUUCCAAAUGGUGUGAAUUUCAUAACGAUUACGGGCAUACAACAGACAACUGUUUCACCCUCAAAAAAGAAGUAAUUCAAUUGCUAAAGAAAGGUUAUCUUCGGGAUUUACUAUCCGAAAGAGGAAAAGCGGCGAUGUCCCAAGCUGAAAGACGAGAAGAGGAACAGAAGCCACCACCUCCAGAGAAGAUGAUUAACGUAAUAUUUGGUGGAUCGGAGAUUAGCGGAAUUACACAUUCAUCGGCAAAGAAACAUGUCAAGCAAACAGAAAAUUCUGAGGUAUGGAAUGAUAAGCCGAUGGUACAAUUCACGAGACAAGUUAUCAACUUCACAGACGAUGAGAUGACGAAGCUACUCAAUCCACAUGAUGAUGCCCUGAAGCAGAUGUAA